AUGAACAACUUAACUGCAAAAGAGGCCUUUUCCAAGCUUCCUCAAAAGCUUCAUAACUUCUUCAUGAAGUUUCCGCCAAGGCCGUUUUCUCAGUAUGCGGAGAAGCCCUCCACAAUCAAAGAUCCUCACAUGAACCCUUUCUUACCCAACAAGAACCCUGAUUCGGGUAGGUGGCAUGGGGCCAAGUACUCGUUGAGAAGGUCAGCAGACUUGUUCAAGAUGGCUAGAAAGUUUGGUAUUCAAGAUCUUUUGCCUCCUAUCCCCCACAGAAAGUUCUACGAGGACAAGUACAACAACAAGACUUGGAUGAGAGGUAUCUUGAAGCAGAAGGGCCAGAAAUGGGAGAGAGAUUUGCCUGAAAAGCUUGAGGCAAGAAAGAAGGCAAUUGAAGAUAUGGACAACAUCAUUCUUGCGGCUAGACCGUCAUACAAGAAGCGUAUUGAGAAGAGGAAGCAGAACAAGAGAACAUGGUUCUAA